UUUCAUUUCUAUAUGAGAUCAACUUUUGACAGCUUUGAGACUCGAAAGACGGAGAGAGAGAGAGAGAGGCGUUAUACACAUAGUAGCGGUUUUUUGUGUGUGUGAUCGCGAGAUUCAGGGCUACGUUAUCGGAAUUGAUGUAUUGAUGAGAUGUCAACAACGGAAAACAAAUCUGUUGAGAUCACUAAAGGCAUCAAUGGCCUAGACAAAGUCAUACUUCGUGAAAUCAACGGCAGUACUGCAGAGGUAUAUCUGUAUGGAGGUCAUGUAACAUCUUGGAAAAAUGAACAUGGAGAAGAGUUGCUUUUUGUCAGUAGUAAGGCAAUCUUUAAGCCUCCAAAGGCAAUACGUGGGGGUAUUCCUUUAUGCUUUCCUCAAUUCUCAAAUCUAGGCACUCUUGAAGCACAUGGAUUUGCUAGAAAUAGAGUUUGGACUGUAGACAUUGAUCCACCUCCUUUUCCAUCAAAUACCACCAAUAGAGUUUUUGUUGAUUUGCUACUUAAGCCCACUGAAGAGGAUCUGAAGAUAUGGCCUCACAGCUUUGAGUAUCGACUGAGGGUUACUCUGGGACCGGCUGGAGACUUGAUGUUGACAUCCCGGAUCAGAAAUACAAAUACUGAUGGAAAGCCAUUUACUUUUACAUUUGCAUAUCACACCUAUUUCUCUGUUUCAGAUAUCAGUGAAGUUCGAGUAGAAGGAUUGGAGACACUUGAUUUUCUUGACAAUAUGAAGAACAGAGAAAGAUAUACAGAACAAGGGGAUGCAAUAACCUUUGAAUCAGAGGUUGACAGGAUUUAUCUGAGCACACCAACAAAGAUUGCAAUUCUGGAUCAUGAAAAGAAACGCACAUUUGUCAUUCGCAAAGAUGGACUUCCUGAUGCUGUGGUGUGGAAUCCAUGGGAUAAGAAGGCAAAAGCCAUGACUGAUUUUUGGAGAUGAUGAGUACAAACACAUGCUUUGUGUAGAGGCAGCAGCAAUUGAAAAGCCAAUUACAUUGAAGCCUGGUGAAGAAUGGAAAGUAAGGCAAGAACUGUCAGCUGUUCCUUCAAGCUAUUGCAGUGGGCAGCUUGAUCCUAAUAAAGUUCUCCAGAGUAGUUGAAGAAACAUUUUGGCUCAUCAAUAUCAUGUACAGGAUUGUGUUGUGGUGAAAGAAAGCAAGGCUAAUGCCAGGUGAUAUAUGAGUCCUAUUUUUCUUGUGUAAAAUUUUUCAAUACAUUGGUUAAAAUGGUUGAACUCUUUCUUUUGAGCAGAGAAGUUGUCAAAAGAUACUUAUAUUUUGUUCACUUCACUAAAAGUUACUUACUGAAUUGUAAUGGAAAUGCCAGACCUAUAUAAUAUUGGCAAUAAAGCAUAAAAAGAUAUCUGAUCUAAAAGAUUUACCCA